UUCGUCGUCAGCUGCAGCAGCCAAAAAGCAAUUGUAAACAAUUUAAAUUGAAUCAGCCCGAGAUCAAAAUUAACAUAAGUACAAUGGAAUAAACAACUCAUAAUGACUUUGGCCCUAAGUCACAGGCAAAUAAGCAGCCAGCUCUGUGGUGCACCAAGUGAUUUGUGAGCGCAGCGAAAAGAGAAAGUUGUUAAUUGAGAUUAUGCAAAAAAUAAUACUUAUUAGUGGAAAACGCAAAUGCGGCAAGGAUUUCAUUUCAGAAAGGCUACAAAAACGGUUAGCCGACCGGGCCCUGAUCGUACGCAUCUCAGAGCCCAUCAAGCGGGAAUGGGCCCGCAAGCUGCAGCUGGAUAUUAACGCCAUGCUCAGUGAUGGGCCUUACAAGGAGCAAUAUAGACGCGACAUGAUCAUUUGGAGUGAUGAGGUGCGCAGGCGCGACUACGGCUUCUUCUGCCGUGCGGCCAUGCAGCAAGCGGCUUUGCAAAAUGUAGACUACGUCAUUGUCAGCGAUAUCCGCCGUAAGAACGACAUACGCUGGUUUCGCGAGACCUACGGCCCCGAUAUGGUGGAGACGCUGCGGCUGACUUCGCUACCGGAAACGCGUAAGGCGAGGGGCUGGAAGUUUACCGCCGGCGUCGACGAUGAACCCUCCGAAUGUGAUUUGGAUGACAGCGCCUUUGACUUUGUGCUGGCAAACGACAGGGACGAGGAGAGCGGAGAGCAUAUAAUCGAUCAACUGUUGGCUAUGCUCAAGCUUAGCUAAUUCUGUGGCCUUAACAUUGCAAGAAUAUUUUUUAUAGCAAAUCUUUUAUAAUAUAUAUUUUUAUGCA